GACUGACUGCGCAGUCGCAGGAACGGUAUUUCUCACUUCCACCGCUAGAGGAAUAACUGUCCCAAUAAUGUGCAGUUUAAAAUAGGGAGUCCUCACCAGAGUUACGGUGCUUGUAUUACGAGUCCGAUCCUUUAGGUCAGAAAACAGUCCAACGGAAACUGAAUGUGGGUCCAGUGAUGGUUCAGGCGAUGAUCAGUCCUUUCAGUCGAUUGGGUGACAAGGGGGUUCACACCGGUGAGAUUUACCGUUCCUGCGGCUGCGCCGUUAGGCUGGAGAAUUCCAAGAAGGUCUCAUUCCGGUGUUAAAGCAACGUCCAGAGAAGCAGUCCUUGAGUGCGUCUAUGUGUCGGGAGUCUCAUUGGAAAUGUCUUCUCCUCUCUAUCCUCAUGUUUGUAUGUCUUUGUUCCGUCACCUGGUGCCAGGCUACAAGUGUUACCAAACUCAGCUUUGACAGCUCUCUUAAGGGCAGGUCCAUGAUCUACCAUGGUAGUCCUUGUUCAGACGGUUAUGUCUACAUUCCCCUGGCCUUUCUAGCAAUGCUCUAUGUGGUCUACCUGGUAGAAUGUUGGCACUGCCAUGCUAAAAGUGAACUUCAGCAUAAGGCCGAUGUUGGCAGUGUUUAUGAUCAGAUACAGCGUAUGCGCCAAGCUACGCCAUGCAUCUGGUGGAAGGCCAUUAGUUACCACUUUGUCAGACGCACUAGACAAGUCACUCGCUAUCGUCAUGGUGAUGCCUAUACAACUACCCAGGUCUACCAUGAGCGAGUUAACACUCACGUGGCUGAAGCAGAGUUUGAAUACUCUCAUUGUGGCAUAAAAGACAUUUCCAAAGAUUUGUUGGACCUGGAUCGCCACCCUGCCACAAAAUUAAAGUUCACCAAGUGCUUCAGCUUUGCCAAUCUAGAGUCAGAGAACUCCUAUCUCACCCAGCGUGCUCACUUCUUCACCGAGAUUGAAGGUCUGGAUGACUAUAUGGAGGCAAGGGAAGGAAUGCAGCUGAAAAAUGUGGAUUUCAAGGAGUUAGUAAUUGCAUAUGGGAACCUAGAACGGCUUCCAUGGUAUGUUUCUCACUAUGCUUUUUGGGCAGCUUCCUUGCUAAUGCUGUCAUGGCCACUACGGGUUUUCAUUGAAUAUCAGACUGCCCACGUUCAUUAUCAUGUUGAGAAACUGCUGGGGAUGGAGUAUAGGGCUUCAGGAGUGGCAGAGGAACCCAUAUACCGAUUCAGAAUGCCACGUGUCAGCACCUUUGACAGCACAGAACUGGAAUGGCAUAUUUGUACCAACCGCCAGCUAAUUCCCAGCUAUUCAGAGGCAGUGCUGAUGGACUUAACAGAUGCAUCACUAUGCAAUGGCUACUCUGCUUGUGGGUAUAGCACAGUUUUGCGUGGCUGUGAAGGCUGCAACAGGGCAUCGAGCAGUUCUUCUAUCUUCUCCCGCCAUGCCAUGCACAGCUGUAGCGCUGGGCCAUCGCACCUCUCCCUUAGUACGAGCAGAUUCUCCCUCUGCCAGCUGCAUGGAUCCCACAGGACAGGUCUCUGGAGGAGCCGCAGUAGUAGCCUGGCAGAGCGUGUGUGCCAGGAUGACAGAUGCUGUUCCUAUUCUAGCCAGCUAGCUAUUAAUGAAAACCCUCCCACAUACCACGAUGCCCGCUUUUUUCCUGUGCUUAUAGUACAUCGCCAGGAAGGCUGCCGAAACAGGAACUUCUGUAUACACCGCUCCUCCUGCGUGGAGACCUCAUUGUGAUAGAAUGUCCCAUGAUGCUAGUGGUGCAGUUACACUGUAUGCCACUGGAGGGAGCGCCGAAUAAAAGGUAGUACAGUACACAUACUCAAUGACACAGAGUGUUAGGCACCCAUAAAAAGAAAAACAUAAGGAAGCAACAUUAUUAAUUCCAAGAAGGGAUAAACCGAGAAAAUAAGACACAGAUCUGCGCCUCACCAAAGUUUUCCGGAGCUGACAACUGAAUGUCCUGGAUACCUUUACAUGUUCUAUGUGUAAAAAGAACAUAAUGCACUAUACAAGACGGUGGUUUGCUUCAUUCAUGUUUAGCCUCUAAAAUAACAAAAUGCAAUAAAUGUUUUUUAGGAAUUAA